AUGGGCGGCGACACAACGGUCAAGCGUAGAGAAACCAAGGUGCCGCUCAAGCGGCCCGCUGAACCGGCACCCCUGACGCGCACCUGGAAGACGGUCCUGUACCCGAUCUCGGCAGUGCUGCACCGUCUGCACGCGUGGUUGACGACGCUGCUCCUCGCCCUCAUCGCCCUCGGCCCGAUGCCCAAGCACAUCGGCUUCGUCAUGGACGGCAACCGUCGCUACGCACGGAGCAGGGGGCAAAAGGUCGCGCGAGGGCACAAGAUGGGCUCCGACUCGCUCAAGCGGAUCUGCCUCAGGCUGCGCAUCCCCGUCGUCAGCGUGUACGCCUUUGCGAUUGACAACUUCAACCGGCCGCAGGAGGAGGUGGACGCUCUGAUGUCUCUAGCCCGGAGCUCGCUGCAGGAGAUUUGUGCGAAGGGCGGGUUCCUGGACCAGCACGGCGUGCGCCUGCGCUGUAUCGGAAGACUCGACCUGCUGAAACCCGACAUGCGCGCAGCGCUGCUCGAGAUGGAGGCCGCGACGGCGCACAAUACCCGCGGCGUGCUCAACGUGUGUGGUCCGUAUGCGAGCCGAGACGAGAUCACGGACGCCGUGCGCGAGACGGUGCGCGAGGUCGAGGAGCGGGGCGAGAACCCGGACAAGGCGAUCGCUGCUCUCCUUUCUCAGCUGGGAAUAGAAGCCCCAAAAGCUAACAACAGUAUCACGCCCUCGCGCCUGUUCUCCCGCCUGCAAUCCGUCUCCUCUGCCGAGUUCAUCGACCCCGCGGCCGGGCCGCUGGACAUUCUCAUCCGGACGUCAGACGUCAAGCGCCUGUCCGACUUCAUGAUGCCGCAGUGCCACGCCGACACGCAGCUGCACUUCAUCAAGACGUACUGGCCGGACUUUGGGCUGAGCGAUCUGCUGCCCAUUCUGCUCGGGUGGCAGCAGAAGGUCUGGCUCACGCGGGGGUUGCAGGGGAGGGGGCCGGAGCCGAGUCAGGAGGACGAGUCCGUGUCUGAGGACGAGGAGUAG